CACGUGUAUCUGGAACCGACAAAGUAGCCUACAUUGGACGUUGUGGUUCUCCCACACAGAAUGUGAUGGCCAUUUGUGAUUUUAAUAUGUGUUUUACAUUUGUGAUGGUCGGAUGGGAAGUCAGCGCUCACGAUAGUCGUGUUUUUAAAUUUGCAACAAGACGUCGAACUCAUUACUUCCCAUACCCCCCUCCUGAUAAAUAUUAUCUAGUUGACGUCGGAUAUCCUUUACAAAGGGGUUAUCUAAAGCCUUAUGCCGACACGAAGUAUCACAUUCCGGACUUCGAGAGGUCAAGUGGGGUUGCACGUGGUAGAAAGGAAGUUUUUAACAAACGACACUCCUCUUUACGUGGUGUCAUUGAGAGGUCAUUUGGGGUAUGGAAGAAGAAGUGGGUGAUAUUACGUGACAUGCCAACCUACCCAUUUCCGAAGCAAGUAAAGAUAGUUGUGGCAACAAUGGCUCUGCAUAACUACAUACGGCGACACCACUCAUGCUCCGAUGAGGAUUUUGCAUCUGUAGAUGAAAACUUGCAUCAUAUUCCACAAGAAGCAUUUGAAUUCCAUGUCGGACGUCCCAUACCCCAGGAUGAAUCAGAACAUUCUUACAUGCACGAAGGUGAAGGUACAAGGGAAAUGACGACAUUGCGAGACCAGAUAGCGGACGAAAUUGUGCGAUCAUGACACUGCUUCUCGUGGGUGCAGUAGUUGUAUAGCGAAGUUCAAAGUCAUUUUUUUUGAAAUAGCAAUUUUUUGUACUUUGACGAAGUUCAAUAUCAGUUUUUCAAAAUAGCAAUUUUUUUACUUUUGCGGAGUAGAACAAUGUAAUGCAAUUUUUUAUUACAAUGGAGUUUGAUUUCAACUAAGCUAUAAUGCAUGUUGAAUUUGCUGAAAUCCACAGGUUUUGAGGGAACAACUAGUAAUGCAUAGAACAGCUUUUGAACAUAAAAGUAAUGCAUGGAACGAAUUUUGAACAGCCUAAUUGGUGGUUCUUGUGCGGUGGAACAUCCCAUAAAGUGAUAGCAAAUUCUCUUUAAGAUCUUGUACGGGCUUGACUUGGCUUAGAAUCAGACAUUCUUGGUGUCUUAGAACUGUUUGGACGCUAAGGUCGUUUUGACUGUGAUUGGGCUUGGUUAUAAGGCCACUAGGUCCCUUGCUUCUGUUUCCUUGUAUUGAAACUGUAUAUAAAUUGCUAAGU